AUGACGCCUAACACGGUCACUACGAGCAACUUGCAUGAGACAUUGGCGUUAACCACCGAGGAGACGAGCGCGAUGGACACGGCCCUUGAAAUGGUACCCGACAGCCAAGAAGCACACUACAACAUAGCUCAACCGCGUCACGACCGCUCGACUACGGGCGCAUCGACAUGCUCUGCCCAAGGACCAAACAAUUUCGGCAGAAGCGGACGCGACUAUCGAGCAAGCCGACCUCACACCCACAGCCUGGGCCAGACACACGAGGCUUCAUAG